AUCGGCGCAAUGACUUCAUAUUUCUAAUCUAUAUCGAUGAACUCUAAUAGUGAACGAUGUCACAUAUAUUUCGUAUAAUUUUGUAAAUAAAGAUAAUUAUUGUUGUGUAUCGCUAUGUGUUUUUGGACGUAUACAAUAAGUUAAAAUAUGGCUUUAUUUACAUUUCUAAUCAUCGCUUUAUUGGCAGGAGCUGUGGAUCCUGGGCGUGUCCGUCGUAUAGUGGGAGGUAGUGACACCACUAUAGACAAGUAUCCCUCACUCGUGCAAAUCGAGAGCCGAAACCUAUGGAGCGGCAUUUGGUCGCAAUCCUGCGCCGGUACUAUUCUGACUACGAGAUAUGUACUGUCUGCUGCUCAAUGCUUUUUUGGCCCAUGGUACUCCCCAAAAAACCGUCGCAUCAGAGCAGGGUCUUCAUAUCGCAAUACGUCUGGCGUUAUCUACCUCAUAGAAAAAGAGAUCAACCACCCGCAAUACGACCUCUACAAUACUUCGUCCGAUAUAUCGGUGCUCCGACUCGAGACCCGGAUAGAGUACACUCCUGUUAUCCAGCCUGGUACACUCCUUGCUGCUGAUUUCGCCUUUCCCGCUGAUAUACCUGUUACCGUUGUUGGAUGGGGUCAUACUGCAUACUACGGAGUGCAUGCAAAUGUUCUUCAAGAAACCACGGUGACCACGGUGGACCGAGAUUUUUGUGCUAAACGCUACAGAUCUAUAAAUACCCGUCGUAACGUUACCAAGAGCAUGCUUUGCGCUGGGGUCUUAGGGGUCACUGGCAGAGACACCUGUACUGGGGACUAUGGGGGUCCACUCUAUUACGGGCAUAUAGUUAUUGGUAUAGCCAGUUGGGGUCACCAAUGUGGUCAUGCUGACUUUCCUGGGGUCUACGCGUCUGUUGCUUCCUAUACUAGGUGGAUUGCUUCUGUUGUUGUAUAAGUUAAUUCAGAUUUUUGUGUUUAAUAAAUCUUUGUAUAUUCGAUGCAA